AUGGGAGCUUUAACAAGUGCAUGUCAAAAUGAAGAAUCAAAAGAGGAAAUUGCUAAAAAUAAAGCUAUUGAAAAACAAAUUAUGCAAGAUAAAAGAGCAGGUGCUUCAAUUAUUAAAUUACUUUUACUUGGAGCCGGUGAAUGUGGCAAAUCUACGGUCCUUAAACAAAUGCAACUUCUUCAUAGUAGUGGUUUUACGGAAGAAGAAAUUAAUGAAAGAAAAGCUGUUGUUUAUAGUAAUGUUAUAUCAUCAAUGGCCACAAUACUUAGAGCAAUGGAUAAUGUUUUACAAUUACCAAUUGAAAAUUCAUCUUUAGAAAGUGAUAAAGAAAUUGUUUUAAAUGUUAUGGAAAGAGGUGAAGAACAACAACCAUUUACUGAUGAAGUAGCAAAAGCUUUACAAAAUUUAUGGCAAGAUCCAGCUGUUAAAAAAGCUUAUGAUAUGCGUAGUGAAUUUCAAUUAAAUGAUUCAGCAAAAUAUUUUUUAGAUUCAAUUUCUAGAAUUCAUGAACCUGGAUAUAGACCUACUGAACAAGAUAUAUUAUUUUCUCGUGUAGCUACAACUGGUGUUGUUGAAGUUAAAUUUAAAAUAAAAGAUCUUGAUUUUAGAGUAUUUGAUGUGGGUGGUCAAAGGUCGGAAAGAAGAAAAUGGAUUCAUGCUUUUGAUAAUGUAGAAUCAAUUAUUUUUAUAACAGCUGUCUCUGAAUAUGAUCAAGUGUUAUUUGAAGAUGAAACAACAAAUCGUAUGAUAGAAUCAAUGCAACUAUUUUCAUCUAUAUGUAAUAGUUCAUGGUUUCAAAAUACUGCAAUGAUACUUUUUAUGAAUAAAAAAGAUUUAUUUGCUGAAAAAAUUCAAAGAGUAAAUAUUACAACAGCAUUUCCAGACUAUGAAGGUGGACAAAAUUAUGAUGAAGCAAUUUCAUUUAUUAAAUUAAAAUUUAGUGAAUUAAAUCAGCAUCCAGAUAAAAAGACAAUUUAUAUGCAUGAAACAUGUGCAACAGACACAAACCAAGUACAAUUAGUAAUUUCAAGUUGUAUAGAUUUAAUAAUACAAAAAAAUCUUCAAAAAGCCGGAAUGUUAUAA